GCAACGUCGCCUUUAAAUGUUAUUAACCAAAGGUCCUUUUUAUAAACAAUGAUAAACCCAAAAAAUUGAUAUAAAAAACCAUGGCCUUUUUAGAGUGGAGGAAGUUCAAUUUCUUCGACGUCAAGCCGAACAUCGACAAGGGGCGUAUUUCCGAUCUGUUCAAGGACUCCGAGAUAAUCGUCGCGACGAGCGGUAAUAACGAAAUCGUCCUGGGCGACUCCCUCGGACAGAUACAUCUAGUAUCGCGCACGUGGGAGAUUACGACUUUUCGCGGCUACGAACUGAGGGUCACUCUCGCCCAGCAUUUGCGCAACUCGACUCUGUUGAUUACCAUCGGUGAGGACGAGGCCGGGGUGAAUCCGGUGAUUAAAGUUUGGAAUACGAAUCGUAACAAGCAUGGAGUGCCGCAUUGUUGUCGGAUUAGCAGAGCAAUACCUGGAAAUAAACCGGUGGCGGCGACUGCGCUCUGUGUGCACGAUGGUUUGCAGCUAAUGGCGGUGGGGUUUGCCGAUGGCUCCCUUGUACUGUAUAGGGGUGAUAUUACACGGGAUCGUGGUUCGAAGCAGAAACUGUUACGUGACGUUAGCUCAACCGUGACCGGAUUGGCAUUCAAAACGACUGCCUCCGCAACGUUAUUGUUUGUCGGCACCGAAAGUUCAGUGUGUGUAUUUAAUGUAACACAUAAAGAUCGCGAGCAAAAGUGUAACUUGGAUACGAUCGGAUGUGCUAAAAGGUGUAGCGUUCUCGCCGAGUCAAUACAAGAAAGUCACUUCAUGGUGGCACGUAACGAUGCGAUCUAUUGCUACACCAGCGACGGACGCGGUCCCUGCUUUGCCGUGGAAGGCGAAAAGGUGCUCCUGGAAUGGUUCCGCAGCUAUUUAAUUAUAAUAUCGACGCCCACUAGACCUAGCAUACAAAAUUUGAGCGGCAGCAGUUCCACGCAAGGUCACUCGCUUACCAUUUUAGACAUUCAGAAUAAGUUCAUCGUCUUCUCGAUGGCGAUGGAGAAAAUUAAGGCGGUCUUAAUCGAAUGGGGCGGAUUAUACCUUUUGGACGGCAACAACAACAUGUACCAUCUGGACGAGAAAGACUUACAGUCGAAACUGCUGCUGCUCUUUAAGAAAAACUUGUACGACGUCGCGAUACGCAUCGCCAAAUCGCAGCAGUACGACGCCGACGGUCUGGUGGACAUCUUCAGGCAGUACGGAGAUCACUUGUACACGAAGGGCGACUACUGGGGCGCGAUCGAGCAGUACGCGAAAACGAUCGGUCGACUGGAACCGAGCUACGUCAUACGGAAGUUCCUGGACUCGCAGCACAUCGAGAAACUCACGAGUUAUCUGCAAACUAUACACAAGCAGGGGCAGGCCACCGAGGAUCAUACGACGCUGCUGCUGAAUUGUUACACGAAACUGAACAAACCGGAGAAUUUGAAGGAGUUUAUACUGUUGAAGGAUCGAGAUCUCGACUUCGACGUGGAUAUCGCCAUUAAGGUUUGUCGACAGGCUAGCCCCCAAGAAGCGUUGACUAUGGCAAAAAGGCACAAAAAACAUGACUUGUACAUAAAGAUCGAAAUAGAAGAUUACCAAAGAUACAAGGAGGCGCUGGAAUACAUUUCCGAGCUAGACUUCGAAGACGCCGAAGUUUACAUGAAGAAAUACGGACAAGUACUGAUACAAUACUCCCCACUGGAAAGUACCGCAUUUCUGAAGCGUUUAUGUACGAAUUUCUCGUCCGAGAAAUCCACGAACUUGGACGCGGUAAUGGCGCAAGCGCAACGGUCCGAUCCUGAGGACUACAUUCACUUGUUUCUAAACAACUCCGAGUUUCUGGUCGAUUUUUUGGAACACCUAAUUGCCGACGGUUGUAUUUUGAGCACGCCGGUGUAUGACACGCUAAUUGAGCAUUAUCUGCACGUCUGGACAUCUUUGAAGGUUGAUCUCGAGAAGGGCAAGUACGGGCAGAAAAUUUUAAAACUGAUGCAAAAUUCCGAAAUUAAGUACGACAAAUCACAAGCGCUCGUAAUAUGUCAUAUGCACAAGUUUAGCGACGGCGUUCUGUAUUUGUACGAGGAGGAGAAAUUAUAUCAGCAGAUUUUGAGGUAUCAUUUUUCGCAUGGCGACGCAAGCGCGGUCCUGACCUGCUGUAGGCGGUUUGGCCAUCAAGAGCCGACCCUGUGGAUUCAAGCGCUGUGGCUGUGCAUUAGGGAAUCGAAAAAUUUAUCGACCGAAUUGCUACCGGAAAUACUGAAGGUGAUAGCGAAGGAUCGGUUGCUGUCACCUCAAAUAAUAAUUGAGGCGAUAGGUACAAGCGACGCGGACAUAAAAUUGUCCCAUCUACGUUCUUAUAUUAUCAACGAGUUAAAAAAUGAAAACGAAAUUACGGGCACCGACACCAAGCUGACAAACAAUUACCAGUCCGACACGCAAAAACUCAAGCAGCAACUGGAAUCGCUGAAGAACGGCGUGAGCGUAAUUCAGGGAUCGCGCUGCGCCGCCUGCCACCACCAGCUGGAACUACCGAGCGUUCACUUCCUGUGCCAGCACAGCUACCACCAGCACUGCUUUCAGAGCUUCUCGGACAACGAAAACGAGUGUCCCGCCUGCGUACCCGAAAACAAGAACCUUCUCGAACUGCUGAAGGCGCAGGAGUACAAUAAGGACUUGCACGAGACGUUCCACGCUCAGCUGGAGAAGGUGCACGACGGUUUCACCGUAGCGGCCGAGUAUUUCGGUCGCGGCGUUUUUAAAAAGGUGACCAUCGUCACGGACACGCCGACGACGGUUGCGCGUAAUUACGAUCACAUCAACAUCUCACAGCCGAAGCUGGAGGUGCAGACGUACGGACCUGGCGCGGAGGCGCGCCUGCGUCAAGCGGAGAACAAGCGAAGCGGCGGCAUCCCGAUAGCUUCCACUCCAGAGGGUCGCGUCAGGCAACGGGAACGUCAGUACAAUACAAAGGCAAAGUACGCCGAUAGUGCCAAACCUCAAAAAUCGGAAGCGGGAUUAAAUCCGUUCGAGACCGAGUACGACGAAACGAAGAAUCCGUUCCUGGACGAGGAGCUGGACGAGACCAACCCUUUCAAAGACGAUUACGAUAAAAAUUUAAAUCCCUUCGAAUCGUAAAUGGAAGUCACAUUAUUUAACUUAUUGUGAUAGUUAAUUGUAUAUCGCUUAAGACUGCAAUGCGUUACAAUGCAAUGUUUAUGUUGUUAAUUUGAAGGUCUUCUUGUACAAGUAAAUUGAAUAUAAUGAUAAGCGACAUGUUAAUGUUUUUUA